AAAAGCAGAUGUGGCCAAUAGAGGAAAGCCGCUGCUCACACGCCCGUUCAGUGGGUUUCCUUUGCCCAACAGCGACCGACUGCAGAACUUGGGUGCAUGCGCGACUCAAUGGAAAAUGGGGCUCAUCGAGGUCGUAGGUGUCAUCUAUAUUACUGCUCUCUGUGCGGCGCUGGCUGAUGAGGAUGUCACUUCCAUGUUGAAGGACUUUGUCCCAACUAGUGCACCGCCAACUGACAUACCUGCAACCGCCCCCGUGUUCAGCGACACUUCCCCAACCAAUGAAGUGACAACUGAGACACAGACUGUUUAUGAACUUCCAGUUCCAUCACUGCACCUGAUGUCCCCCUGGUGGGACGUCUUCCCCUUUGAGAAAGCCCAGUUUGAAUGUCGGGUCAACGACAGCUCUGACUGGACCUUCAGUUGGUACAGAAACGGGGAGCUCUUGGAUGAUGCCGAGCCAAACGUUUCUUCCGACCAAGCCACGCUAACAAUCACUGCGGCGUCUCAGUCGUAUUCUGGAAUGUACUCUUGUAAAGCUCAUCACAAAGUCAUAGGCCGAUCCAGCGACAGUAACACAGUUCAAUUGAAAGUUUACGCAAACAAGCCCAAGCCAACGUUGGUGCUAAAGCCAAAGUUGCAGCAGAUGUUUCCUGGAGAAUCUGUCACCUUCCAGUGUGGAAUUCAAAACUCCAUUGGAUGGGACUACGUGUGGUAUCACAAUGACACGCAAAUCCAAGGAUCUUUUACGGACAGCCAUCGAAUUGUUCCUUUAGCGCUGUCCCACAGUGGACGCUACUACUGCAAAGCCAAGAGAGGACAAAGUCCUUUCUACACGGAGCAGAGUGAGACGUCAACGAUGCAGGUGUCUGAACCACCCACCCCAACCAUGCAGCUAGAGAGUCCCUGGUCAGACGUGUUCCAAAAGGAACACGUGGUUCUGAGUUGUGCCGUGGGCAGUCCUAACUGGACAUUCGCCUGGUACAGAAAUGGAAUGAAGGUUCAGGAAGACCCAACGCUGGCUCUGAGUUUAAGCGGGUCGUUUCUUAACAUCACCGCUGCUUCUCGAGUCCACCAGGGUAGAUAUGCCUGCAAAGCUCAACUGGAGUCCAGAAGCGUCAGCUCAGCUUUGAGCAACAGCAAAGAUGUUACAGUUUAUGAAAAUAUCCCGAAGCCUUCACUGACUAAGGAUUCUGGUUUCAACCCAAUGUACGUUGGAGAAAACGUCAACUUCACUUGCGCCAUUCAUGUGGGGUCUGACUGGGCGUACCGCUGGUUCAAAGAUGGAAAGGAGCUGGUGGACACGGACAAAACCCUCCGAUUACACCUCAGGCCUCAGGAUGGGGGGGCUUACUGGUGCAAUGGCACCAGAGGCAACCAAACAUCUACAGACAUCAGUGACACCAUGACUCUGGUUGUUCUCGAAAUUCCUCUUCCAUCUUUGACGCGAAGCACUCGGUGGGCUGAUGUGUUCCCCACCGAAAGCGUGACCUUGACCUGCGCUAUGGCCGGCAGUUCCGACUGGACGUAUACGUGGCGACGAGACAAUCGGACAAUCCACAGCGGUGACGCGGUGUCUUUCGGACCGGAUAGAGCUACCUUGUCCAUCAGCUCUGCCUCGGCUUCUCACCAAGGACAAUACUGCUGCUUGGGAAAUCUCAAGGGCAGGUCUGUUAGCAGCGGUUGGACAUCUGGAAUGACCCUCCGGGUUUACGACAAGAAGCCCGUGGUCAAAAUGCGCCAAGACCCAGACUUUCCGCUCAUGCACACUGGAGAUUUUGUGUCGUACAACUGUCACGUCAACCGAUCCUCUGGUUGGGAGUAUGCGUGGUACCAAGACGACACUCGACUUAGUGUCUCUGGAAACAAUUACACAAUCCAUUCUGCGCUCAAAACAAACUCCGGAUCGUAUAGAUGCGAAGCAAUCCGAGGGGAAAGUCCUCGUAUCUUCAAAACGGAACAAAGUCAGGCUUUGAGGCUACAAAUUGAAGAACGGCCAUCUGCAAACAUCGAUGUCUUAACCGGAUGGUCUGAGGUCUUUUCCACUGACAGUCUUGUGCUUAAGUGUGAGGUGAAAGAUAGUAAUGUCACAUGGAACUACGCAUGGUUCAUCGAAGGGCAGCGGAUCGCAAACGCGUCGUCUGACAGAUACACGGUGACCCCCCAGAAUGACCCCCAACAGAGCCAAUACGUUUGCCGGGGCCUUCGCAACGGCCGACCUUCUUACUCCCAAGACAGCGGAUCUCUCGCGACGAAGAAUUUACUGUUGAAGAGACGGGUGCUUCUUUCCAUCUCCGGCUGUAUGGCCUUCGGUAUGGUUGUUGUUUUCCUCUGCUGCAUCGGUCUCAGAGUCACCAGGAAAAAAAAAGACGAUGACGACGGGCCAGAGGAGGCCGAGCUCUUCCUCACCAUGGCUCAGCUCAAGAAUCGUGACGACGCUCCUUGUCCACUGGUUGAUUACAUCACAGAUGCAGAAGUAAAGGUUCCAGCAAAAGAUGAAGCGGACAUUAUUUCUAGUGAACCGACAACAGAUGUGACCUCUCAGGAUGACCUAGUUGUAGCAACAGAGAGCAGUGAAGCCCCUUCAGCAGAGGAAGCUGCUCUGGUUUCCUUUCAACGCUGAGCCGCCAAAGAUGUCUGUGUUGGUAAUUGAAAGCCGCUCCAAAGGAAAAGUUUGAUGAAACUGGUGGUAAUAAUAUCGGUUGCUUGAAAGUGUAGGAUUCAAUUAAAAUUUUUCGGAACAA